GCGGCGCACAAUGAGUUUCCAGCCUCCAGAAGCUGAGGCAACGGGGACGGCGACGCCUCAGCCCCGGGGCUCCGGCUUCCUGCCCCGUCCGUCCCGCCCGCGGGCCAUGGAGCUCCGAGCAACAGAGGGGGAGCAGCCGGCGCAUCCCCGCCUGCCCUCCAGGUCCCUGGCUCCCAUCCCUUCCCAGCCUGAUCCCGGGAGGCAGCAGCCACUGGCUACUGAGCGGCAGUGACAGCAUGAAGGCUCCGGUAAGUGGCAGAAGGAGGAAGGCUCACAGGGGAGGUGGCUUCCGGCCCAGUAGCUUCUCCCCCCCACCCCAGGGCUGACUGUCACUUCUGAUUCCACUGCUCCUGAGCUGAAGGAGACCGGCAGACCAGCCUCAAAGUCCAGCCCUGAUCUGGCAGGCUAUGUGGCCCCAGCGUCGGCUCCUGCUCAUCGUCCUCUGCUCUGUCGGCUUCUCGGCUGUCUACAUCCUGCUGUGCUACUGGGCCUGCCUGCCCUUCUGCUCAGCCUUCUGCCUGGACCCCCACCUCUCUCUCAAGUCCAGGCCCACCGUGCCGGGGCCUCUGCACUUCAGUGGCUACAGUAGCGUGCCAGAUGGGAAGCCUCUGGUCCGAGAGCCGUGCCGCAGCUGCGCCGUGGUGUCCAGCUCAGGCCAGAUGCUGGGCUCGGGCCUGGGUGCCGAGAUUGACGGCGCUGAGUGCGUACUGCGCAUGAACCAGGCGCCCACCAUGGGCUUUGAGGCAGACGUGGGCCAGCGGAGCACCCUGCGGGUCAUCUCUCACACAAGCGUGCCUCUGCUGCUGCGAAACUACUCCCACUAUUUCCAGCAGGCCCGGGACACGCUCUAUGUGGUGUGGGGCCAGGGGAAGCACAUGGACCGGGCACUGGGUGGCCGCACCUACCGUGCACUGCUGCAGCUCACCAGGAUGUACCCCGGCCUGCAGGUGUACACGUUCACUGAGCGCAUGAUGGCCUACUGCGACCAGGUCUUCCAGGAUGAGACUGGCAAGAACCGGAGGCAGUCCGGGUCCUUCCUCAGCACCGGCUGGUUCACUAUGAUUCUCGCCCUGGAGCUGUGUGAGGAGAUCGUGGUCUACGGGAUGGUCAGCGACAGCUACUGCAGGUCAGGCCAGCCAGGAGCCAGGCGGCGGGGAGGGACACCAUGUUCGGGCCCUACGCUGAGGGUGUGUGGGCUUCCGCGGAGGAGCAUCACCCCUCGGUGCCUUACCACUACUUCGAGAAGGGCCGGCUGGACGAGUGUCAAAUGUACCUGGCGCAUGAGCGGGCGCCCCGCAGCGCCCACCGCUUUAUCACCGAGAAGGCCGUGUUCUCUCGCUGGGCCAAGAAGAGGCCCAUCGUCUUUGCCCACCCAUCCUGGAGGACGCAGUGGCCCCAUCGCCACAGCGCCAUCACCAGGCCUCUGUUGCAGCCACACUCCGCCAAAAACACUUAAUUUAUGGAUCCUGCCUUCUGCCAUGUGCUGAGCGGACCUGAGUUCCCUUCCAGCCAUACCCUUGGGGACGCUUGGAGCCAUCUCAGGCUUCUAGACUUGGGGAGAGAGGAGGAGGCCUCUGGUGACCUUUGCAGCCUCCUCCCCACACCUGCUCCCUGAGUAAUCUGAGUCUUCGUUUUCAAGUUCUUCCCACCUCUGAGUCUGUCCAGUGGCCUUUGCCCUGGGGGCUGGUGGCCCCCAGUCACCAACACUAUGAAUUUCAACCGAGCACCAGCCCUGGUCCUUCCUCUCUGCACUCCCUCUCCACCUGCCUUUGGUGCCACACUUCCCAGGCUGGUUGCCCUCAGCGGGGCAGCCUACAGCUUGGGGUUUGUUGGGUGACGGGGGGGCCUUUGAACUGUGACUGCCAGGGCCACCUCUGGAGUUUACGGGUAAAUGUGUUUUCUGGAAGCUUG